CGGAAUUCCUACCUGUCACAGGGAGGGCUCCACUUACUGAAAGACGGCUAUCAAAACAUUUUCAGGCUGGGAAACGAUACUUUACCACGCAGAAGGAAACUCACUCGGUUGAGGAGAGAAACGGCGAAGAAGGGGAAACCCUAUAAAGCUGGAGCAGCUACCAUGGUGGGCGAACGCCGCAACGGGAACCUGUUGGUGCAGCUGGGUCCGAGGCAGCAGGCGUACCCCGAGGAGCUGAUCCGACAGCGCCGGACGCACGACGGCCAGAUCGAGUACCUGAUCCGCUGGACCCUGCUGGCCCUGGAGGACGGCACCGGCGGCGGCGGCGGCGCAGAAGCGGCCGGCAGCGGCGGCAGCAGCAGCGGUUCCGGCGCGGGCGGAUCCGGCGGUUCGACGUCGGGCGAGAGCAAGUCGGAGAACAUACUGAUGUGGAUGUCGACGGAGGACGUGUACGCCAACUGCCCCACGUUGCUAGGGAAACGCAAAGCGCCCGCCCCGUCCGCCGCGGCGCUGGAGGAGAAGGAGGAGCGUCCGAGCAGCAGCGGAGGAGGCGGCGGAGGCGUGGUCUCGUUCCGGCCGCCGGACGACGUCACGUUCGACGAGACGGAGCUGUCGGACAUGAAGACGGACGUGGUGAGCCUGGUGCGGCGCGCGCGCAAGCAGAUGGCCAAGACGAGCGAGUUCGCCAUCAGCCUGACGCACACCAUCCACGUGCUCAGCGCGUACGCCAGCAUCGGCUCGCUCGUCGGCGUCUUCAAGGAGACCGGCGCCCUCGACCUGCUCAUGGAGCUGCUCUGCAACAAGGAGCGCCAGACGCGCCGCAGCGCCGGCAAGAUGCUCCGCGCCCUCGCCUCGCACGACGCAGGUAGUCGGGCGUACGUGCUCUUGUCUCUGAGCCAGCAGGAUGGCAUUGAGCAGCACAUGGACUUUGAUAACCGCUUCACGCUGCUGGAGCUGUUCGCCGAGACCACCUCCUCCGAGGAGCACGGCAUCUCCUUCGAAGGCAUCCACCUGCCGCAGAUUCCAGGGAAGCUGCUGUUCUCGUUGGUGAAGCGCUACCUGUGUGUGACGUCCCUGAUGGACAAGCUGAACACGGCCGGCGUGGAGUCCAGCAUGGACCCUUCGUCCUCCUCGCCCUCCUCCUCCUCCUCCUCCUCGGCGGCCUCCGAGCACCUGCGCGUGCAGCGGGAGUUCGAGUUCACCAUGGCGAUGGCCAACCUCAUCUCCGAGCUGGUGCGCGUCAUGGGCUGGGACCGCAACCGCCAGCCGCCGCCGUCGUCGCUCGGGGCGACCGCGCUGCUCACGGGGGGCGGGGCUAGCGAGGACGCCGCGGUCGCGGAGGAUUCGGACGCCGGUGGUCCCCGUCGCCGCGCGCUGCGCUCCAUCUUCCAGCCGCGCUUCACCGCCUCCGUCUCCAUGGCUACCGCCGCCGUCGCCAUGGCUACCGUCUCCGGGGCGACGGCGGCGGCGGCAACCGUUGCGUCCGCUGCCGCCGCGCCGGCCAAGAAGAAGGCGGCGGCCAACGGCUUCAAGACGCGCACGGACUUCAGCACGCGCUCGGCCUACGUGGAGUACGUGCAGGACGGCCUGAAGAGCGGCAUGAUGGUCCGCAUGCUGGAGGACUACGAGGAGGUGUCGUCAGGGGACGAGGGAGAGUUCCGCUAUAGCAACGACGGCUCACCGCCCGUACAGGUGUACUGGAACUCUCUGUCUCGUACCUACUGGGUGCACUGGCACAUGAUCGAGAUCCUGGGCAGCGGCACCAGCGGACAGGCAGAGAAGGAGACCCAGGAUAAGGCCUCCACACUCACAGAGACGCUCAAACUGACCACAGUGAGCCAGACGUUCUUCUCUAAGCCCCCGGGGGGGCUGUACUCUCUGCCGUACCUGUGUGAGGGGGAGCGGGAGGAGGCCGGCGUGCUCAGCAGAGCCGAGUGGUGGGAGCUGCUCUUCUUCAUCAAGAAGCUGGAGCCCAAGCAGCAGCAGGAGGUCAACCACAUCCUACUGCAGAGCCUGGACGAUGCACAGGUGUGCGAGCUGGACGAGGUGUCUCUGCUGCAGCUGAGUGUGUGUGGGGAGGCGGCGCGUAAGAUCCUGCACUACCUGCGCCAGACGCUGGCGUCCUCCUGUUGCCUGGGCGACCUGCUGUGCUCGCACGCCUUCGCCAAACACUACCUCCGCCGCGGCGGGGCCGGUCGCCAGGACGACGACCCCCUGGCCGCCGCCCACAGCCCCCCCUCUUCCUCCUCCGGCGUGGCCGUCCCCUCCUCCUCCUCCUCCUCCUCCGCCGCCAUGGGAACCGUCUCCAAGAAGCCCAAGAAGGAGCCGGCGGCCGAGGCAGGGGGAGGGGCCUCCGCGGGGGGAAGUGACACGGAGAGCGAGCUGCCCACCGAGGACGAGACCAAGUAUCCCGACGACCUGGAGGAGAAGAUGAAAGCGUUUAACAGCCCUAAGGUGCAGGGGAAGAAGACGGCUCUGGAGAAGUUGGGGGAGGUGGUGGACAUGCUGAAGAAAGGGGGCGGAGCCUCAGACACCAGCCGCCAGCUGGCCGCCAUCAAGUUCAUGCUCCGCCUCCUGGAGGAGGACGGCGUCACGCAGGAGAAGAAGACGCUCUCCGACUCCGCUCAGACCCUACGCGAUCAUUAUACGGAAUUAUCGGACCUCCAAGAUCAAUAUGCGGAAUUAUCGGACGUCCAAACCUUGGGAACGUCCGUUCAGGUUAAUGGAACUUUCUGCAGCGUUCUGAAGACCCGUAUCGUAAGUGAUAAGAUCCUAAAGCUGCUGGUGGAGCUGGUGGGUAGUCAGGUGAAGCUGGUUGCCGUGGCAGCGAUGCGUCUGACGCGCGCUCUGAUGCUCAAGUACGAGUGGCGCGUUCCCUUCGCCACCGAGGGCGGAGUCAAGGCCGUGCUCAGCAGCAUGCAGGAGUUCCCCACCUGCACACAGGUGCAGCAGAUCGCCCUCGCGACGCUGAAGGUGAUAACGGGGGCGAGUAAGCACGACAUGCGCGGCGUGGACAGCGGGAUGCCGCUCUCGGAGUCGGGCACGCAGAUGAUGCUGGAGAUCUUCGCCAGCAUCGGCUCCGCCACACCAGAGGGCGCCAAAGGCCUGCUCAGCACCAUCCCCACCGCCAUCGAGCUCAUGCUCAACACGCCAAGGUGUUUCCUGUCGCUGUGUAACGGGCUGCUGGUGGUCAUCAUGCUGAUCUCCAGCCACAAGAGUCUGGCGGAGCAGCUGGUGGCGUGCGGGAUCACCGCCGUGCUGAAGAAGUGCCUCUCCACCACCACCCUCGCCAUCAUCGCCCUCAACCACAUCUCCAUGGUGCACAAGCUGGAGAAACAGGAGUCUGCGGAGGAGCAGGAGUUUAAGGACAUGGAGCUGCGCAUGCUGGUGGAGAGCCUGAAGAACAUGACGGCCACUAAGGAGGUGAUCCAGACGCUGGAGCAGCUGCUGUGCGAGCCCUCGUCCAAUCAGCUGGAGGACGAGAAGAACAAGGUCACGCACAGCCGCGACGCCUUCCAGGACCUGGUGGGGCUCAUGGACCAGCACCGCGUCGACCGCGCCGUCCAGCUCUCCAUCCUCAGGAUCCUGUGUAAGUUCCUGGAUGACUACCAGGAGGACCUGCUGCCCUGGCAUGAGAGCAUCGAGCCCUGCCUCUCCUCCAUGACGGCCUUCAUCAACGACAGAGACGUGGUGCAGCAGUUCGUCCGGUUCCUGUACCGGCUGGCGUCGCUGAAUAAGGACUACGCGGUGGUCAUGUGCCGGCUGGGCACCAAGGACGCGCUGGCCAAAGCGCUGGACAAGCACAGCACCAACCUGCUGCUGGUCACCGAGCUGCGCGACCUCAUCAGCGACUGCGAGAAGUACGCCAGCCUCUACAAGAAGAUGACCACUAGCGUACUCGCAGGGUGCAUACAGAUGGUGCUUGGCCAGAUAGAGGAGCACAGGCGGAGUCACCAGCCCAUCAACAUCCCCUUCUUCGACGUCUUCCUGCGCAACCUGUGCCAAGGGUCGAGUGUGGAGCUGAAGGAGGACAAGUGCUGGGAGAAGGUGGAGGUCUCCUCCAACCAUCACCGCGCCAACAAGCUGACGGACAAGAACCCCAAAACCUACUGGGAGUCCAACGGCUGCACCGGCUCCCACUUCAUCAACAUCUACAUGCUCAAGGGGGUCGUCAUUAGACAAUUGGCGGUGCUAGUGGCUAGCGAAGACUCCAGCUACAUGCCCGCACGCAUUGUAGUGCUGGGAGGAGACGACCCUGCCAACAUCAACACAGAACUCAACACCGUGAAUGUGCCUCCAUCUGCCAACCGAAUCGUUCUGCUGGAGAACAUGACUCGCUUCUGGUCCAUCGUGCAGAUCCGCGUCAAGAGAUGCCAGCAGGGCGGCAUCGACACGCGCGUGCACGGCUUCGAGGUGCUGGGGCCCAAGCCCACCUUCUGGCCCGUCUUCAAGGAGCAGCUGUGCUGUCGCACCUACCUGUUCUACACCACCAAGGCACACACCUGGUGCCAGGAGAUCCUGGAGGACAAGACACAGCUGCUGCAGCUCUUCAACAAGUUGAACAGUGCUCUGAAACACGAACAGAUGUUUGCUGACCGCUUCCUGCCUGAUGCUGAAGCUGCCGAGGCUCUGGGGCGCACCUGCUGGGAGGCCCUCAUCACACCUAUAGUGCAGAGCAUCACCCUCUCAGACUCCCCUGUGCUGAGUCCGCUGGCCUGGCUGCUGAGUGAAUACCUGGACAACGCCGAGUCGUCCAAGCGCUACAAGACGCGGGCGGCCAUCUUUAACUCGCGCGUGCGCCGCCUCACACACCUGCUGGUGCACGUGGACACGAGCCGCGUCGACACCGAGGAGCUCAGGCCGCCCGUCAAGUCCAAAGGUAUCAACAGAAGCAAAGAUUUGAAGAAUGGCAAGGAGGGCAAGAACAAGGAGGCGGCCGUGACGUCCUCGUCUUCCUCGGCGGUCAAGCCCAAGCUCAAGAACACCAGCAGCAUUGCAGGCAUCGCCCUCUGCUGGCAGGGAGUGGUACAGAGACAGGUGAAGAAGUUUCUGGACUCGGCGUGCAGCCUGCCGGACUUCGUGGAGCGCUACCGGGCGAUGUACCUGCGUCUGAAGAACGCCAUGGAGGAGCUGUUCGGCCAGCAGACGGCCUUCGUGCUGGCGCUCCGACAGGGCUUCUCCGCCGCACUGCUGCAGCUCUCCAUCCUCACCUCCAUGCACGUGAGCGAGCGCUUUGCCCAGUACAUUGACCUGAUGAUCCAGGAGAGCUGUGGGGACAGUGGGAGUGUGGAGACACUGAGCCAGCUGCAGCAGUUCCUGGAGCCCAUGCUCUUCCUGUCUGGCCUGGAGCUCGCAAACACCUUCGAGCACUUCUACAGGUACUACCUGGGGGACCGUCUGCUGGGCCAGAGUAAGGUGUGGCUGGAGAGUGCUGUGAUUGAGCAGAUCGGCUCCUGCUUCCCCAACCGCUUCCCCCAGCAGAUGCUCACCAACCUGCGCGAGUCCCAGGAGCUGCAGCAGGAGUUCCACCUCUACCGGCUACAGCAGCUGGACAAGACCCUGCAGGACCUGGACGAGGAGAUGAUGGAGGAGCAGUCGUCGGAGGCGGAUGACGAUAGUGAGGUGAAGGUGCUGGUCUUGUCUCCGCGCUGCUGGGCCGUGUCGCCCCCCUGUUACCUUGACGACCCCAGGAAGCACUUCCCCACUCAGCUGUGCAGCUACCUGGCCGAGUUCACCGACUUCUACUCCAGCAGCCAGAGCAUCUACAGCCUGAGUCACAGUAAGCCGCGGCGUCUGCAGUGGACCUGGCUGGGCCAUGCUGAGCUCCACUACGGCUCCUGCACCCUCUACGUGUCCACCCUGCAGAUGUACAUCCUGCUGCAGUUCAACACCCAGGAGGAGGUGAUUGUGGAGGCUCUCCAGAGGGACACGGGUCUGUCCGCGGCGGUUCUGGCCCACGCGCUUGAACCCCUCACCGGGGACAAGGGCAUCCUCAUGCAGGACCCCGCCAAAGGAGACCUGCGGCUGAACCCGCGGCUGCUGUCCCAGAGUGGCGGCGCCCAGAGCUUCUGCCACCUGCUGCCCAGGCAGACGUACCUGAACGUGGACGAGGACGCGGCCCGCACCCUGGAGCGCAAGAGGAACUACAUCUACUGCCUCAUCGUGCAGAUCAUGAAGAACGAGCGCGAGAUGCACAUCGACAACCUCGUCUUCAGGGUGCUGGACACGUGCUGGAAGCAGGAGUCGCUGCGUUCGCCGGGCGCGGUGCGCUUCAGCUGCAGCACCACGGACGUGCUGUCCUGCGUCAUCCACGUCAUCAGCAAGGGCUACGUGCGGCGCCACGAGGACAGCCCCCACAUCCUGGAGUUCCUCCCCGAGGACCCGUCCACGCCGCAGAAGGGCCAGGCCCACUUCUCCCUCAGCCGCACCGACCUCAAGAACAACUCUGCCAAGGCCGACAUCAGCCUGGGCGGUGCUGGCGCGAGCGUGGCGGGGCCUCGGCCCGAGGACGGCGUUCUGGAGGCGGUGCUGUUCUCCAUGGGCCGCACCAUGAGCCAGGAGGACGUGCGCCAGCUCAUGCAGCGCACCGUGCAGCAGGUGGCCGGUACCCUGAGUCUGGACCUGGACCGGGCCCAGCACCUGCUGGUGCACUGCAAGUGGAACGUGGACCUGCUGAUCCAGCGCUACACCGACGACCCGGACGCCCUGGUUCUGGCCGCCGGCCUGAAGAUCCGCAACCCCCAGCCGCCCCCGAGCCCGGCCGUGCAGUGCCCCGUGUGCCUGGUGGCCCAGUCCGGAGGGGCCGGAGGGGCGGAACCCGCCCCCACACUCUGCUGUAACCACUACUGCUGCAGGUCUUGCUGGCAGGAGUACCUGACGGCCAGGAUCGAGCAGAACCUGGUGAUGAACUGCAACUGUCCAAUCACAGACUGCCGAGCCCAGCCCACCUCACAGUUCUUCUACAACAUCCUCAUAGACAAAGACACUAUCUCUAAGUAUGAAAGUGCGCUGUUGCGGGGUUAUGUGGAGUGCUGCUCCAACCUGACGUGGUGCACCAACCCUCAGGGCUGCGACCAGAUCCUGUGCAAGGAGAACAUCGGCAGCAUGGGCACCUGCUCCAAGUGCUGCUGGUCCUCAUGCUUCAGCUGCAACUUCCCCGAGGCCCACUACCCGGCCAGCUGCAGCCACAUGUCCCAGUGGAUGGACGACGGCGGCUACUACGAGGGCAUGACCAUGGAGGCGCAGAGCAAGCACCUGGCCAAGCUCAUCUCCAAGCGCUGCCCCAGCUGCCAGGCCCAGAUAGAGAAGAACGAGGGCUGUCUGCAUAUGACCUGUGCCAAAUGUAACCAUGGAUUCUGCUGGAGGUGUCUCAAGCCAUGGAAGCCCACUCACAAGGAUUACUACAACUGCUCUGCAAUGGUGAGCAAGGCUGCCAGACAGGAGAAGAAGUUCCAGGACUACAACGAGAGAUGCACUUUCCACAACCAGGCCAAGGACUUUGCCAUCAGUCUGGAGAACAAGGUGUCCUCCAUCAACGAGGCGCUGCAGAUGAAGGCCCUCACCUUCGUCAUCGACGCCUGCAAGAUCCUGGCUCAGGCACGCAAGGUGCUGGCCUACUCGUGUGUGUACAGCUACUACAACCAGGACACGGAGAAGAUGGACGUGAUGGAGCAGCAGACGGAGGCUCUGGACCUCCACACCAACGCCCUGCAGAUCCUCCUGGAGGAGACGUUGCUGCAGUGCACUGACCUGGCGUCGUGCGUGCGUCUGCUGAAGCCGGAGCACCUGAACACUGGCCUGGAGCUCAUCCGCCGCAUCCAGGAGCGCCUGGUGGCCAUCCUGCAGCACUCCACACAGGACUUCCGGGUGGGCUACCAGACCAAGUCUGCUGACCAGGAGGCUGGACAGGCGUCGAACCUCAACCAUGCUGGCACUAACAAAGAGUCCAAGUCCGAGAGGGGUUCUGAGUCGGGAGAUUCGGACAACAACAACUACACGGGCGAGGAGGGAGGCGACGAGGCAGAGGAGGACGAAGAGUACGACGACGACUACGUCCCCGAGUGGCACGAGGACUACGACGAGGAGGACAUCGACGAGGACGACUUCUUCUCCGACAACGAAGAGUCCGAGAACCUGGAGAGCGACUUCAGUCCCCUCGACUGAGGAGACCCUCCUCGUCCGCCCAGACGCACCGCACCGCACCUCAGCAUCUCCACUGAGCAGGCACUGCGCCCACACACAUCCCUGAGAUCCCAGAUCAACCACCAAGCACUUAGAGGAAGAGUUCAGCUUUGGAAUCAACCUGAUGGAGGUUGUGAAUGUUAACAGUAAAAUGCCAUCCCCAGUGUAUGUAAAAUGAAGGGAGGCAGAGCCUGGUUGGCCUCUUACAUGUUUGGAUUGAGUCCCGCGUCUGUAAAAGCUCCAUUUUGGGGUGGUUGCCUUUUUUAUUUCACCAUUAUGACAAGCAGCCAUUGUAGGCCCUGUUGAGGCUCUUGCGGCUCGUUUUCUUUUAGUCUUUGUUUUAUGAGGCAUCACAUCUUUUUUCAUUGCCAAGCAGGGUAUGAAGAUUACAAACUGUAAAGAAGGAGAAGCCCAAGGCUGGUUCUGCACAGGCUCCAAGCCGUGUGCUAGAGACAGCAGCUGGCUACUUUUGCUCUGAUGCUAAACGCUGUUUCUGUUUCUCGCCUCUUCCAAUUGUAAUAAGAAGGGAUCUGUGAUGCAGUCAAGAAAGCACCUUGUUGGUCAAAAGUUUCUUUCUUUCUGUUUUUUUUUUCCUUCUUUUUUUUAUCCAAAAUUGUGGAUGCUAAAUGUGUAUUCCUUAAUUUCCGUAACAAAAUGCCUUGAUUUCUGUUUAUCCUCUUUUUUAAAAAAAUCUAAUAAUUCAUGGAAAUGCCUUGGUAUGUGUAUCUCAACUGUUGUGCGUCCUCUCUGCGGCUGCACAGAAACUCAGCCCUUGGUGAUUGUAUGUGAGAGGCAGGUGCGCGAGGAGGAGGAGCCUCUGAGUGCGUUAGCGUGCAGCACUGUGCAGGAGUGGUGUCCUAGCAACUGAGCGCUGUGAUGGAGGGCUGGGAGGGGCUUCUGGUGGCCAGACCAAUCACAUACUUGUGUUGGCCUCCCUGGACGCCAUCACUGCGGCGAUACGUUCACAGGCCACAUAACUCAUAAUGGCUGUUGCGCUCCUCAUGGCUUCAUCUUUAUUUCUUACGACAACAAAAAAGAUGGCUAAAAGAAAGUCAAACUUUUGGACAUGUUUAUGUUCAUUUGCAAUGUUCAGAUAUCAAAUAUCUUGCAAUGUCUUGGUUUGAGUUAGCAGUAAGUUGAAGAUAUCCUUAUAUUCAUAUAUUGUUCCACCAUUAUAAAAUGUUCUCUUUCUGCCUGAAGUUGUGCAACUUCAGCUAACUGAAUAAAAUGCUUUUCUCAAACUG